UAUUAAGUAAGCCAUCUUUGGUAAGUGUCAAAGUCAAACAGGAAAAGAGGUUAGGCCACUUUCCUGCAAGACUGAGACCAACCAAGGUGAUAAUGAAAAACUAUGUGAAACAAAUCACUGAGCUGAAUGGAAACCAAGUUUUUAUGAAGAGUACAGAGCAAGUGAACAAAAUUAUCCACAAUUUAAUUGAUGGUGGCUGUGGAAAACUCCAAGUUGUAUCUGAUUUUGAUAAGACAAUUACUAAACAGCAUGAAAAUGGCAAAUUACACAUCAGUAGUUUUGGUAUGUUCAGUAGAUGUCCCUCUGUAUCUGAAGAUCAUAUCAAAAUGAAUACAGAGCUGACAAAAAAAUAUGCACCAGUUGAAGUGGAUCCUAACAUAUCAAUGCUAGAAAAGAAGAUUCUCAUGGAAGAAUGGUGGUCUUUGUCAGAAGAUUCCCUAAAAGGAAUGAGAGUCAGCCCUGAAGAAAUAGCCAGAGUUUGUGCUGAACUAGGACCAUCAUUGAGGAGUCGGACUAAAGAAUUUUUUGAUGAAUUAUACAAAGCUGAAAUACCAGUUCUGGUGUUUUCAGCAGGACUAGGUGAUACUGUGGUAGCUGUUUUGAAGCAUUGUGAUGUUCAUCUAUCAAAUGUUGAGGUAGUCUCAAAUUUUUUGAAGUAUGACAAUGAAGGUACAAUUGUGGGUUUCAAAAACAGCAUCAUUCAUACCUACAACAAGAAUGAGUUUGCAAUCAAAGGAAGUGACUUUUAUAGUAAAGUAGCAGACAGAGAUAAUGUAAUUCUGAUGGGAGAUACACUUGGGGAUGCCAAUAUGGUAGAGGGCAUGGAACACUUGAGUAGUGUUUUGAAAAUUGGAUUCUUAUAUGAGAGGAGUGAAGAAGCACUGCCAAGCUACAUGGACACCUUUGACAUUGUUUUAAUAGACGACCAGUCCAUGAAUAUUCCAAUGGCGAUUUUCAAUCUAAUUAAGAAUAAUGAGAUUACUCAAAGUACAAAACUAGGCAAUGAAUAAUUUUUUUUUACUAGGAUGGAUUGUUUUAUUUUUUUAAUUGUGAAUCAUUGAUUCAAUUGUUGAUUUUCGAAUUGUUCUAAUUUAUAUUUUCAUUAAAUGAAGUUUUUUUCCUU